AUGGGGCUGUGGGUGGUCAAACCGACCGCAGCCUUACUGUUGGCCAUAGUCGCCACUCUUUUCCUACUGGCUGAGGUGCCGCAAAUUGUGGUAGCAUCACAUGGAAAUUUUUCGGAUUUUCCAUUCAUUUAUCUGACACAUCCCCCGGAGAUUAUCAAGAAGCCAGUGAACCAGGGAGUGCGAGUAGGUGGAGUGGCGACAUUUUUCUGUGCAGCUCGUGGAGAUCCUCAACCAACGGUUAUAUGGCGCAAAAAUAGCAAAAAGAUUAUGAUGACCCAGUCACGAUACACAGUGUACGACGCUAAUGGAGUUUCAAUGUUACGAAUUGAACCGGUGCGUGCUGGACGUGACGAUGCACCGUACGAAUGUGUGGCAGAAAAUGGCGUCGGUGAUGCAGUUUCGGCCGAGGCGACGCUGACCGUUUAUGAAGGAGACAAAACACCUGCUGGAUUCCCCGUCAUCAAACAAAUUCCCACAAUUCGUGUAAUUGAAACGGGUCAUACGGCCGUGAUGCAGUGCAAGGCAACUGGUUCACCACCGCCAAAGAUCUACUGGAUAAAAGACAUGAAGCGAGUCGAUAUGACUAAUCCACGCUACAGCAUCAACAGUGAAGGGAGUCUACAAAUUGACAACAGCGAAGAAAGUGACAUGGGAAAGUAUGAGUGUGUUGCUGAAAACUCGGUCGGAACGGAACACACAAAACCGACGCCACUGUACGUGAAAGUACGACGUGUUCCACCAACAUUCUCGCGCCCACCAGAGCCCGUGUACGAAGUCAUGCUAGGGGCCAAUCUGACUCUCACUUGCGUAGCUGUCGGUUCGCCGAUGCCGACCGUCAAGUGGCGCAAGGGCGUUGAUCAGGAUUUAACGCCAGAAAAUGAUGUCCCCGUUGGUCGGAACGUUCUGGAGCUAACUGACAUACGAGUCAGUACUAAUUACACCUGCAUCGCUCGAUCGAACCUCGGUGUCAUCGAAGCUACCUCACUGGUCAAAGUUCAAUCAUUACCAGCUGCGCCCACGGAUGUAACAAUAUCGGAAGUAACGGCUACACAGGUACGGCUCGAGUGGUCUUACAAGGGCCCAGAAGAUUUGCAGUACUACGUUAUACAGUAUAAGCCAAAGAACGCAAAUCAGGCUUUCAGUGAGAUUAGUGGUAUUAUUACGAUGUUCUAUGUAGUACGAACGCUGAGCCCGUACACCGAGUAUGAGUUCUAUGUUAUUGCAGUGAAUAAUAUCGGCCGAGGACCACCGUCACUACCGGCCACAACGACUACCGGAGAGACAGGCGAUUCCGUAUAUGGAGGUUCCAAAAUGGAAAGUGCUCCAAGAAACAUCGAAGUGAAGCCGUUAAGCUCGUCGACAAUGCUUAUUACGUGGGAACCACCUGAGACUCCUAAUGGACAAGUAACCGGAUAUAAAGUGUAUUAUACCACAAAUCCAAAUCAACCCGAAGCAUCUUGGGACUCCCAGAUGGAAACCAACGACAUGACGACCAUUUCGGAAUUGACUCCGCAUGCUAUCUACACCAUACGGGUGCAAGCAUUUACCUCUAUGGGUGCCGGUCCCUUGUCUAAUCCGGUACAGGUCAAAGCUCAGCAAGGCGUUCCCUCGCAACCAAGCAACUUUCGGGCUACCGAUGUCGGCGAAACAGCUGUCACCCUGCAAUGGUCUCGGCCGACUCACUCGGGCGAGAACAUCGUACACUACGAGCUGUACUGGAAUGACACUUAUGCAAACGAGCAGCAUCAUCAACGAAUUCCAAACACGGAGACCUACACGCUGAGCAGCUUGUACCCGGACACACUGUAUUACUUCUGGUUGUCGGCACGAUCCCAACGUGGUGAAGGUGCCACCACGCCUCCGAUUCCAGUGCGAACUAAGCAGUACGUACCCGGUGCACCGCCCCGUAAUGUAACUGUCGAAGCGACAAGUCCGACCACUAUCAACGUGUCCUGGCUGCCACCACCGGUCGAACGAUCGAAUGGGGCCAUUGUUUAUUAUAAGGUGUUCUUCGUCGAAACGGGACGAUCGGAUAGCGAGGCCACGGUAACCACCCUCAACUCGACUAGCAUCGUCCUGGACGAGCUAAAGCGUUGGACAGAGUACAAGAUUUGGGUCCUCGCCGGUACUUCCGUUGGUGACGGGCCCCGAUCGUACCCGUACACAGUACGCACUCAUGAAGACGUGCCUGGAGAUCCCCAAGACGUCAAAGCAAGUCCGGUCAAUUCAACCACUAUCUACGUGACGUGGAAACCUCCGAAAGAGAAAAACCGAAACGGCAUCAUCCGUGGCUAUCACAUACAUGUACAAGAAAUGAAAGAUGAGGGUAAGGGACUUUUGAAUGAACCUAUGAAGUUUGACGUUGUAGAUGGAUUAGAGUAUAAUGUGACGGGACUCCAACCGGACACCAAAUACUCGGUUCAAGUUGCUGCUCUUACACGCAAGGGUGACGGUGAUCGCAGUGCCCCAAUAUCGGUUAAAACACCGGGUGGUGUCCCAAUCAGGCCGACUGUUACGCUGAAGAUUCUUGAGCGCGAUCCGACUGUUUCGAUCGAGCUUGAGUGGGAGCGCCCGCGACAGACCUAUGGAGAAUUGCGAGGAUAUCGUGUUCGCUGGGGCGUUCGUGAGCAGGCCCUCAACGAAGAGAUUCUGCAGGGAACGCAACUGAAUGUGAAACGAAUCAACGAUCUGGAGCGAGGAGUGGAGUAUGAGUUCCGUGUUGCUGGAAUGAAUCACAUCGGUAUCGGUCAGGAAGCGGUAAAACAUCUGCAAACCCCCGAAGGUUCUCCGACUGGUCCACCAACAAACAUUGCCGUCCGAUUCCAGACACCAGACGUGGUGUGUAUUACCUGGGAACCUCCGACCAGAGAACAUCGAAAUGGACAAAUCACACGUUAUGACGUUCAGUUCCACAAGAAAAUUGACCACGGUCUUGGCACCGAACGAAACACCACCGUGCGCAAGGCAGUAUUCACAAAUCUGGACGAAAGCACCGAAUAUAUAGUACGAGUACGAGCGUACACCAAGCAAGGUGCCGGACCGUUCAGCGAAAAGCUCGUCAUUGCCACUGAACGUGACAUGGGCCGUGCUCCGCUCUCGGUACAAGCGGUUGCUACAUCCGAACAGACGGUAGAAGUUUGGUGGGAACCCGUUCCAUCGAGGGGGAAAUUGGUUGGAUACAAAAUUUUCUAUACCAUGACCGCCGUGGAAGAUUUAGACGAAUGGCAAACGAAGGUGGUCGGUGUUACCGAAUCAGCUGAUCUAAUCAAUCUGGAAAAGUUUGCCCAGUACGCGGUAGCUAUAGCAGCGAUGUACAAAAAUGGGCUCGGAAAAUUGAGUGAGAAAGCGACUGUGAAGGUGAAACCUGAAGAUGUUCCGUUGAAUCUACGCGCGCAUGAUGUUAGCACUCAUUCGAUGACGUUGAGCUGGGCUCCACCGAUCCGACUGAAUCCCAUCAAUUACAAGAUAUCGUUCGAUGCUGUGAAAGAAUUCGUCGAUUCGCAAGGCAUUUCUCAGAAGCAAAUCUUACCGAGGAAGGAAAUAGUGCUUAAAAGCCACGUAAAGUCCCACACUAUUAGCGAACUGUCACCCUUCACAACCUACUUUGUGAACGUCAGUGCCAUUCCUACCGACUAUACCUACAAACCACCAGCAAAGAUAACUGUAACGACUCAAAUGGCAGCUCCGCAACCGAUGGUACAGCCAGAUUUUUACGGUGUGGUCAAUGGUGAAGAAAUUCAGGUUAUAUUACCACAAGCUUCGGAAGAAUAUGGACCUAUUUCUCACUACUACCUGAUUGUGGUGCCGGAGGAUAAGGCCAAUCUGCACAAAAUACCAGAUCAGUUUCUCACUGAAGAGCUGCUUCCAUCUCGCCCCAAGCUCGAUCGACUUAACGCACCUUACAUCGCGGCCAUGUUUUUGCAACGGAACAUUCCAUACACGUUCCAUUUGGGCUCGGGAGAAACAAAUCAUAACUUCACAAACAAAAAGCUCGAACGGGGAAAGCGUUAUCGAAUUUUCGUGCGUGCCGUAGUUGAUACACCGCAGAAGCAUUUAUACACAUCGAGUCCCUUUUCGGAAUUCCUGGCACUGGACAUGAAAGAAGCACCGACCGGUGAACCGCCACAUCGACCCAAUCCGAACGUUCCUCAAGAUCCAGAAAUUUUAAUACGUGGUAAAAAUGAGGAACCCGGCAUGCUCUGGGUCGUUGGACCGAUAAUUGCCGCUUUGGUACUUUCUGUAUGUUUCCUUGUGGUAUAUUUCGUGCGCCGUCGUCGACAACCCUGCAAGGCACCCGAUCAGGCGGCUGUUACACGACCUCUAAUGGCGGCCGAUUUGGGUGCUGGACCCGCACCAACCGACCCUGUGGAUAUGCGUCGUAUAAACUUCCAAACACCUGGCAUGAUAAGCCACCCACCGAUACCCAUCUCCGAGCUAACCAAUCAUGUCGAGCGACUGAAAGCUAACGAUAAUCUGAAAUUCUCGCAGGAAUAUGAAAGUAUUGAACCAGGCCAACAGUUCACCUGGGAUCACUCGAACAUGGAAGUUAACAAACCGAAAAACCGCUACGCAAACGUCACUUCGUACGAUCAUUCGCGAGUGAUUUUGCCCCCGAUCGAGGGAGUGCCUGGAUCGGAUUACAUCAAUGCGAACUACUGUGAUGGGUAUCGAAAGCAUAACGCAUACGUUGCCACGCAAGGGCCUUUGCAGGAAACGUUCAGUGAUUUCUGGCGCAUGUGUUGGGAGCUCAAAUCUUCGACGAUCGUCAUGAUGACGCGGUUGGAAGAACGAUCGCGCAUCAAAUGCGAUAUGUACUGGCCUGCUAGGGGCACCGAGGUGUACGGUGCCAUGACGGUGACAAUCACAGAAACUCAGGAACUAGCCACAUACUCCAUCCGAACGUUCCAGAUCUACCGCAACGGUAGCAACGAACGGCGCGAGAUCAAGCAACUGCAGUUUACGGCCUGGCCGGAUCACGGCGUACCUGACCAUCCGGCACCAUUCUUACAGUUCUUGCGCCGCACUAAGUCGCUCACACCUUCCGAAUCGGGACCGAUUAUUGUGCACUGUUCCGCGGGUGUUGGCCGCACCGGUUGCUACAUCGUGAUCGAUUCCAUGCUAGAGCGCAUGAAGUACGAGAAAACGAUCGACAUCUAUGGGCACGUGACGUGUCUCAGAGCGCAACGCAACUAUAUGGUGCAGACCGAAGAUCAGUACAUUUUCAUUCACGAUGCGUUGCUGGAAGCUGUCAUCUGUGGUAAUACGGAGGUACCGGCGCGUAGCUUACACAAUCACAUUCAAAAGCUGAUGCAAACGGAAUUAGGCGAGAACAUUACCGGAAUGGAAAUGGAAUUCAAGAAAUUGUCCAACGUUAAAGCUGAUUCGACACGGUUUGUCACGGCUAACCUUCCUUGCAAUAAGCACAAAAACCGUCUAGUUCACAUUCUACCGUACGAAUCUUCACGCGUCUGUUUGACACCGAUACGUGGAGUCGAAGGAAGCGACUACAUUAACGCAAGUUUGGUCGAUGGCUACCGAUAUAGAAACGCCUACAUUGCCGCCCAAGGACCUCUUCAAGAGACGGCAGAAGACUUUUGGCGAAUGCUCUGGGAACACAACUCAACCAUUGUGGUCAUGCUAACAAAAUUAAAGGAAAUGGGACGAGAAAAAUGCUUCCAAUACUGGCCUCACGAGCGUUCGGUGCGCUACCAGUGCUACGUGGUGGAUCCGAUCGCCGAAUACAACAUGCCGCAGUACAAACUGAGGGAAUUCAAGGUCACGGAUGCUCGGGACGGUUCCUCACGUACGGUACGUCAGUUCCAGUUCAUAGACUGGCCGGAACAGGGUGUGCCAAAGUCGGGUGAAGGCUUUAUCGACUUCAUCGGCCAGGUGCACAAAACAAAAGAACAGUUCGGCCAGGACGGACCAAUUACGGUGCAUUGCAGUGCGGGCGUUGGCCGUACCGGCGUCUUUAUCACACUCAGCAUCGUACUCGAGCGGAUGCAGUACGAAGGUGUGCUGGACGUAUUUCAAACGGUGCGAAUACUUCGCUCCCAGCGGCCAGCCAUGGUUCAGACUGAGGAUCAAUAUCAGUUUUGCUAUCGUGCUGCGCUGGAGUAUCUAGGUUCGUUUGAUCAUUAUGCGACCUAA